GGGACAGCCCAAGAGGGCGGGGUCUAACCUCAAUUUAUUUCCUGGUCGGCAAUAACAACACGAGAAGAUGAACGUGGGCGUGGCUCACAGCGAGGUCAACCCCAACACGCAGGUGAUGAACAGCCGAGGGAUCUGGCUGGCCUACCUGCUGCUAACUGUCGUGCUGCACGUGGUCCUGCUCAGCAUUCCCUUCUUCACCGUGCCACUCGUAUGGACCCUCACCAACGUCAUACACAACCUGGUGAUGUACCUGUUCCUGCACACGGUGAAGGGCACGCCCUUCGAGACCCCCGAUCAGGGCAAAGCCCGUCUGCUCACACACUGGGAACAGAUGGACUAUGGCGUCCAGUUCACAGCUUCGCGCAAAUUCCUCACCAUCUCGCCAAUCGUUCUGUAUAUUCUCGCCAGUUUCUACACAAAGUACGGCGCGACACAUUUCCUCAUCAACACGUGCUCGCUCUUGAGUGUCCUCUUGCCAAAGUUGCCUCAAUUCCACGGAGUGCGAAUAUUCGGAAUCAAUAAAUACUGACAGAACUAAAUAAACCCUGGAAUGUAACAACUCCAAACACUGGACUUUUUGUUUUGUUCUUACGUUAUUACUCUUAUGUAUGAAAUCUGUUUGUGCUGUCUGUGUGGAGCCAUAAAUGGAAUUGCUGUUUGCGACGAGGUGCCGCUUGUGUUUCAUGGAAAUUUAAUUAUUCUUAUCGGAGGGUUUUAUUCAGUGACACAUCAUUUGUUCUUACUCUGGACGAAGCAACACUUAACCUGCAGAUUUGAUCAUUACUUUAGGAAUAUUGCUCGCUAACUCUUUUUUUGCCCCAUUUUUGGAGUUCUUCAUCUGUUGUGCAUAUGAUGAUCUUGAAAGCUGAUUUGAAAUAGUUUGUCUACCAGAAAAGGGUCCAAGUUUGUAAACUGUACACACGUGACUAUUAAUGUGAAUUGUUAUUUCCAUCCAUUGCGGAAUUGCAGCAUUUUUGUGUUUUUCCCCAGCUGUUCAGUGAACUAUUCCUGUUUGCAUUUUACACAUCAGCAAUAAAGCUUCACUUUGC